GACGGGCGGCCGCUUUUUUUCUGUUGCUACUGGGGGGGGAAAGAAAAACAAAAAAACAAGCUAUUUCACCGAGUCACUUUGUUCACAUUUUAUACUUUACAUAUCCAGACGGCGGAGGAGACCGCUAUGAUGGGUGUUUUUUUUUUCCACGGAAGCGGACAUUGUAGCAGUUUACGUGUGUGCAGAUUCUGAUUAAAUAACACACCGACAACACAUCCUGACGCCAGCGAGCUAACGUGACUUCUCCCCACCGUCCGCCGCCGCCGCCUUGGAUAGAGUCGUCAAACGAGGAAUAUAAAAGCAGUCUUACUUGGGAGUCCGACCUGAGCAGCAAGAAUGUCUGGGGCGUCUGUAAAAGUCGCUGUUCGAGUCCGACCCUUCAACUCCAGGGAAACGGGCAAGGAGUCAAAAUGUAUCAUUCAGAUGCAAGGCAACACUACAACUAUCUUGAACCCCAAAGCCCCCAAAGAACCAGCAAAAACCUUCAGCUUUGAUUACUCCUACUGGUCACACACCACGCCAGAAGACCCCUGCUUUGCGUCACAGAACCGUGUGUACAACGACAUCGGAAAGGAAAUGCUAGAGCAUGCUUUCGAGGGUUACAACGUCUGCAUCUUUGCCUAUGGCCAGACUGGAGCUGGCAAAUCCUACACCAUGAUGGGCAAGCAGGAGGAGGGACAGGAAGGAAUCAUUCCUAUGCUUUGUGAAGAUCUAUUUGAGAAGAUCAAUGAAGACUGCAACAAAGAGGAACUGUCCUACUCAGUGGAGGUGAGUUACAUGGAGAUCUACUGUGAACGGGUGCGAGACUUGCUCAAUCCUAAGAACAAAGGGAACCUGAGGGUGCGAGAGCAUCCGCUGCUGGGUCCCUAUGUGGAGGACCUGUCCAAGCUAGCUGUCACAUCCUACACAGACAUUGCUGAUUUAAUGGAUGCAGGAAACAAAGCAAGAACUGUUGCUGCUACAAACAUGAACGAGACCAGCAGCAGGUCCCAUGCAGUUUUCACCAUCGUCUUCACACAGAAGAAACAUGACAGCGAGACGGACCUCACCACAGAAAAGGUCAGUAAAAUUAGUCUGGUAGACUUGGCAGGAAGUGAACGUGCAGAUUCCACUGGAGCCAAAGGUACCAGACUGAAGGAGGGAGCAAAUAUCAACAAAUCUCUCACCACAUUAGGGAAAGUCAUCUCUGCCUUGGCUGAAGUGGAUAACUGUACCAGCAAGAGCAAGAAAAAGAAAAAGACGGACUUCAUCCCUUACAGAGAUUCUGUUCUGACCUGGCUCCUGAGGGAGAACCUUGGUGGUAAUUCAAGAACAGCCAUGGUAGCUGCCCUCAGUCCUGCAGAUAUCAACUACGAUGAAACGCUCAGUACACUUCGCUACGCUGACCGAGCCAAGAACAUCAAAUGCAACGCUGUUAUCAAUGAGGAUCCCAACAAUAAGUUGGUGCGUGAGCUGAAGGACGAAGUGGCCCGACUGAAGGAGCUGCUCCGGGCUCAGGGCUUGGGAGACAUCCUGGACAUUGAUCCAAUGGGGGAUGAUUACCCAGGAAGUGGAAUCAAAUGUGACACUGCUCAAAGCUUUAGAAUGGCACUUCUGAGUUCUCAAAGCGAGGCUCAGAUCUACAUACGGAAAGACCUCAAAGACAUUCAAAACAAUAAGAAUAGAUACUUGAUAGCCUCAGAGAACCAACGCCCUGGCCAUUUCUCCACAGCCCCUAUUGGUUCCCUGACAGCUUCUCCGUCCUCUGGCGCAUUGUGCAACCAGGGGGGUCUUCAGUCGGUCACCAGCAUCCAAGAACGCAUCAUGUCCACACCUGGAGGGGAGGAGGCCAUUGAAAGACUCAAGGAAUCAGAAAAGAUCAUUGCUGAGCUCAAUGAAACCUGGGAGGAGAAACUACGGAAGACAGAGGCAAUCCGCAUGGAGAGGGAGGCCCUGCUUGCAGAGAUGGGCGUGGCAAUCCGUGAAGAUGGAGGCACUUUGGGCGUGUUCUCUCCUAAAAAGCUUAGCUGUGACGGGGCAUUAGAUGAGCAAUUUGAUUGCUUUUCUGCCAAGAAGCAUUUCAGAGAGAAGCCUUGUGAUCUCUAUACAGACUUUAAUGGGGUGUUUUCCCCAAAGAAGACUCCACACCUGGUCAACCUGAAUGAGGAUCCUCUAAUGUCUGAGUGUCUGCUCUACUAUAUCAAAGAUGGGAUUACAAGGGUGGGUCAGGCUGACGCUGAGAGGAGGCAGGACAUUGUACUAAGUGGAGCUCACAUCAAGGAAGAACACUGCAUCUUCCGAAGCGAAAGAAAUGCCAAUGGAGAUGUUAUUGUCAUGUUGGUGCCAUGUGAGGGAUCUGAAACCUAUGUCAAUGGCAAACGUGUUGAGGAAGCAAUCCAGCUUCGUUCAGGCAACCGCAUCAUUAUGGGAAAGAACCACGUGUUCCGCUUUAAUCACCCGGAGCAGGCUCGAGCUGAACGGGAGAAAACGCCGACCGCUGAGACCCCCGUCGAGCCUGUGGACUGGACGUUUGCUCAGCGAGAGCUCCUGGAGAAACAGGGCAUCGACAUGAAGCAGGAAAUGGAGAAAAGGCUCACCGAGAUGGAAAUUUUGUACAAAAAGGAGAAGGAAGAAGCGGACCAGCUUCUGGAGCAACAGCGAUUGGUUUACGAGAGCAAACUGCAGGAGCUCCAGAAGCAGGUGGAGACGCGCUCUCUGGUCGCAGAGACGCCCGAUGAGGCAGAGCUGGAGGAGGAAGAAGAGGAGGAAGAGCUUAAAUUACUGGGAUUGCCGUGGACACAGCAUGAGUUUGAGCUGGCUCAGUGGGCCUUCAGGAAGUGGAGGUACCAUCAGUUCACCUCCCUGCGUGACCAGCUGUGGGGGAACGCCGUGUACCUGAAGGAGGCCAACGCCAUCAGUGUGGAGCUGAAGAAAAAAGUCCAGUUCCAGUUCGUCCUGCUGACAGACACGCUGUACUCUCCGCUGCCCCCUGAGCUCCUGCCCCCAGAGCCGGAGAAGGAACGUGACCCGAGACCCUUCCCUCGCACCGUGGUGGCUGUCGAGGUUCAGGACUUGAAGAAUGGAGCUACACACUACUGGUCCCUGGAAAAACUCAAGCAGAGGCUGGAGCAGAUGAGGGAAAUGUACGACCGCGCUGGAGAAAUGGCCUCCGCUCACCAGGACAGCGACGGAGAGGGAGCUCUGACAGGAAACGAUCCGUUCUACGACCGUUUCCACUGGUUUAAGCUCGUGGGGAGCAGCUCUCCCAUCUUCAACGGCUGCGUCAACGAGCACCUGGCCGACCGAACGCCCUCGCCCACGUUCUCCACCUCCGACUCGGAGAUCACCGAGCUGGCGGACGAGCGCCAGAGCGAGAUGUCGGACUUCAUAGAUGACGAGGCGUUUGUGGACGACACGAGCUCUGAUGCGGGCACCGAAGAGGGCUCGGACAUCUUCAGCGACGGGCAGGACCCCUUCUAUGACCGCUCCCCCUGGUUCAUCCUGGUGGGAAGAGCUUUUGUGUACCUGAGCAACCUGCUGUAUCCUGUGCCGCUUGUUCACCGGGUUGCCAUAGUUACAGAAAAGGGCGAGGUGCGAGGCUUCCUGCGCGUGGGGGUCCAGGCUAUAGCUGCUGACGAGGAGGCUCCAGAUUACGGCUCCGGGGUUAGACAGUCAGGGACUGCCAAGAUCUCCUUUGAUGAUGAAUACUUCAAAAAGAAUGACUUUCCCUCUACGGUUAUGACCCGCUCCGGCUUGUCCCUGGAGGAACUGCGCAUUGUGGAGGGUCAGGGUCAGAGCUCAGAGGUCAUCACACCCUCUGAGGAGCUCAACAGAAUCAACGACAUGGACCUGAAGCUGGGCAACAUCCCAGACGCCAAGCUGAGUCACAGUGAAGGUCUGGCGGGUCAGCUGGAGGUGGGGAGCAUCUUCACCUUCCGUGUGACUGUCCUCCAAGCAAGCGGCGUCCCACCUGAGUACGCCGACAUCUUUUGCCAGUUCAAUUUUCUCCAUCGCCACGACGAGGCUUUCUCCACCGAGCCGCUGAAGAACACCGGCAAAGGAGCUCCGCUGGGUUUCUACCAUGUCCAGAAUGUUUCAGUGGAGGUCACAGAGUCUUUUAUUGAGUACAUUAAGAGCAAGCCCAUCGUGUUCGAGGUGUUCGGCCACUAUCAGCAGCACCCGCUGCACAUCCACGGCCAGGACCUGAUCAGUCCUCCGACACCGUCACGGAAAUACUACCCUAUCCCCAUGCCUCUGUCCAAACCAGACCACACCCGUAAGAUCGAGUUGAUCCGCUACCUCGUGAGCGGCUAUGUUAACGGCAAAGUGCUGGACACGUUAUCCGAGCACGCCAACGCCCUCGCCUCCUCCGCCGUGGCCAGCCUGGAGGACGAGGCUGACCAGCUCUCACACUUCCCCUUCCUCUCAGCGCUCCACGACCCCGUGUUCACUGUGCCUAAGCACCACGUUCCGGCCACCAAGCUGAACACCAUCACCAAGUCGAACCUGGGUCAGUGUGUCAGCAAGUACGACCUGCUUGUCUGGUUCGAGAUAAGCGAGCUGGAGCCGACCGGAGAGUACAUCCCGGCGAUAGUGGAUCACAGUGCCGGAUUGCCUUGCCAUGGCACCUACCUUCUGCACCAGGGGAUCCAGCGAAGGAUCACAGUGACUCUUAUUCACGAGAAGGGCAGCGAGCUACACUGGAAGGAUGUCCGUGAGCUGGUUGUAGGUCGCAUCAGGAACAAGGCCGAGGUGGACGACAGCGCAGCCGACGCCGUCCUGUCCCUGAACAUCAUUUCUGCCAAGAAUAUCAAGUCAUCCCACAACACCAACAGGCUUUCUAUUGAUAAGGAUAUUGAUAGAACAUUCUAUCGUUUUGAAGCUGUGUGGGACAGCUCACUGCACAACUCCCUGUUGCUGAACCGAGUCACUCCGUAUGGAGAGAAGAUCUACAUGACUCUGUCUGCAUAUCUGGAGCUGGACCACUGCAUCCAGCCCGCCAUCAUCACUAAAGACAUCUGCAUGGUGUUCUACUCCCGGGACGCUAAGAUCUCCCCACCCCGUUCUCUCAGGAACCUCUUUGGGAGUGGGUACUCCAAAACUCCUGACUGCAAUCGCGUCACCGGCAUCUAUGAGCUCAGCCUGUGCAAGAUGUCUGACACCGGAAGCCCUGGGAUGCAGCGGAGGAGGAGGAAGGUUCUGGAUACUUCAGUGGCCUACGUGCGAGGGGAGGAGAACCUGGCCGGAUGGAGGCCCAGAGGGGACAGUUUGAUCCUGGAGCACCAGUGGGAGCUGGAGAAACUCGAGCAGCUGCACGAGGUGGAGAAGACCCGUCACCUCCUCCUGCUGAGGGAGAAGCUGGUAGAGGUGCCUCCUGUGGGAACGACUACCAUCACCAAGUCCCUAAGCGAGUCUCUGUCCCCCAGUAUGAGCUCGGGGACCCUGUCCACUUCCACCUCCAUCUCCUCGCAGAUCUCCAGCGCCACCUGCGAAAGUGCCAUCACGCCCAGCGAGAGCAGCGGCUACGACUCGGCGGACAUUGAGAGCCUGGUGGACCGCGAGAAGGAGCUCGCCUCCAAGUGUCUGCGCCUGCUGACGCACACCUUCAACAGCGAAUACAGCCAGGUGGUGAACAGCAUCAGCGACUGCAAGCUGUCUGACAUCUCGCCCAUCGGACGAGAUCCAUCGGUGACCAGCUUAAGCAGCGCCACCCUCACGCCCUCCUCCACGUGCCCCUCCCUGGCUGACUCCCGCUGCAGCUCCUUAGACCAAAAGACCCCAGAGAACAACUCCCGUGCCUCCAGUCCCUCCUGCUCGGACUAUGAGAACUUCCCAAUGGUUCCCACUCUGGAGAUGUCCUACCUUGCUCGAGCUGGAAAGAACGAGUUCUUAAACUUGGUGCCUGAUAUUGAGGAAAUGAGGCCGGGGUCUGUGGUGUCUAAGAAAGGUUUCCUCAGCUUCAUGGAGCCGCGCUCCAACACGUGGGUGAAGCACUUUGUGGUCGUUCGCCGCCCAUAUGUCUUCAUCUACAACAGCGACAAGGAUCCAGUGGAGCGAGGCGUUCUCAACCUCUCCACAGCCCAGGUGGAAUACAGUGAAGACCAGCAGGCCAUGCUCAAGACUCCCAACACGUUUGCGGUGUGCACAAAGCAUCGAGGAAUCCUUCUGCAGGCCAACAAUGAGAAAGAUAUGAACGACUGGCUGUACGCCUUUAACCCUCUGCUGGCAGGGACGAUAAGAUCGAAGCUGGCGAGGAGGCGCAGCGGCCUGACGAAGAACUGAGCGGAGCCGAGGAACCCCCGCGGCUCUCGCUCUCUCUGAGCAGCCUUUGAUCAAACAAAGUGUUAACACUUAUUAAUUAUUGUGAGUCUUAAAGGUUUCCUCUUGUAAGUAGACUUGUGGCUUAAGUCUCUACUUUUCAUGCGACUAAACGUUUCAGCUCCGUUGAACUUUGCCUCUCCCCGGCCCAUCCCCUCCUGUCCCUACGGCACCCCGAGCUCUUCUUCUUCUUCUCCUCCCCCCCCUCGGCUUUUGUCUUUUAAAUUUUUACGACCGGUCUGAUUUCUUUCCGCUUUGUCGUUAUUCCUGAACUUCCUGACUUGUAGCAUGUCGUAGUAGUCUACUUGUGUGUGCACGGCUCUCCAAAAAAUUCAAUUUUCAGUUUCCCAAUCAUCUGUAAAAAACAAAAAAAACAAAAAAACAAACAAAAAAAACGUCUUAUCAGUGUUAUUUGUUUCCCAAAAUAAGUUUGAUUUAACUUCUUGCUUUUUGGUUUUUGAUAACGUGCUCGGAUAAGAAGUGCAGCAGCAGUCCCCAGGAGAACACCAGGUUUGCUCCCUGAAAACAACUCAAAUUGCAAAAAAAAAAAAAAAUAGUUAAAAAUCUGCAAAUAUAUCAAAGCAAUCUCUUAGUUAUGCUCUAUUACUUACUAUUAGUAUUGCUUUAAUAUUUUUUAUUGUUAGCUAGGAGAAAAUUGCGAAGAGAAACUUAAAAUUACAAGCGAAAUUCUGUCGAGCUCAGCACCGAAUCAUCCGUGAUGCUUGGACCCCGCCUCUCAGCCACUGUACAUACGUACGCCAACUCCCAGGUAGUGCCAGUUUCAGUCCCAGCAUUUGUGUAAACAUAAAAAAACAAACAAAAAAACUUGCUUACUGGAUAAAAAGAAGCAAAAAUGUACAACUCCUGCAGGAGUACUUAUUUUUCCGUUUGGUGUUCCACCGCAAGAAGGAGGUGAGAGGGGGAGGUACGGGAGAGAAGUAAAAGAGAGAGAAUAGCUCAUUGCUUAAAACACUACAAUACUCAUAUCCCAUGAUAAGCUGUUCUUUCUGCUUCUACAGCUGAUAUAAACCCAACUUUGUUACCCCACUGUCACAUGUGUGAAACUAAAGACGCGAUUAGAGGUGAAGAAGUUGCUGGGUUGUGAGAGUAAGAGGUGAUGAAGCUUCUCAGGCACAGCCCGAGCAGGAGGAGGAGGAUGAUGAAACGUUCCCCUCGUUGGGCAAAACCUCUAAAAUGAAGUUUUGCCCAUUUCAGCAUCGACAAACAUGACCACUUCUUCAUUUUCCGUUCAGCUUCCUGAAUUGAAACUUCUCCAACCCAUAUAACCUUUUUUUUCCCCUUCUCUUUUAAAUAAUUUUCAUUUCUCAAAGUUUUUUUAUUUUGUUAUUUGAUAUGUAAAAAAGGGCAUUUACUUUUUUUUUUUUAACCAGCAUUUACUGGUGUUGCACUUUUUGUUGUUGCACAUAAACUCGCAUCUAUAGCAAGGUCAGGUAAUGCAGGAUUGUAUCCGAGCUUCAGGAACUAGAACGAGAGCACAUCAAAGCUACACUGGAUGAAAAGAUGAAAGGGACGACAUGGAGAAAGGGUUUUUUUGUUGUUGUUGUUGGUGAGGAUGUUUGCUUGGUGCCUCUGUCUCUGUGCAGAAGGGCGUAGUUAAACUCUGGCCUACCAACCAGCAGUUCGCUCGCAGUCUCACCUGACACGAGCAGAAACAGAGGUGCCUGCGAUAAGUUAAUCUCCGAUCACAGGUCAGGAAACCUGAUGGUCAGGGAGUGCUUAAAGAACUCAUCUUAGGAUGUAAACUGUGCAUCUAUGCAUUCAGUAGGAGAUGAUGUGGGGGAGUGCUGCUUUUUCAUGUGGAAGAACAUCAGAGCAAACAUUUUCACCCCAGUGGGUGAUUUUCAGAAGUAUAUUAUCAUGGAUUAUGUGUUUAUCGUUUUUAAAAAGAUGUACAUAUUUCUUUGCAGCUCUUUGCACAUAUUAAUAAAAGGCUCAACUAACUGAUCAAGUGAAGUCUGUGCGGUUUAGUUGUUCUACUCUUAGUGAACCAAAUGAAGAUUUGGCAGCCUGAACUGAGAGAGAGAGAGAGAGUUGAAUGUAGGAUUUAGGGUGUUUGGUUUUUGUCGUUUUCCACCAUUUCUUUAAAAGGGACCUAAGAUGUGACUCACUGCACCCUUUUUUCUUUUUUUUUUCAUGGAGGCGAGUUACAUUAGUGCUUCCUCUUUACCAGAAAGCGUUUCAUUAGUCUGCUUUCGUCUUUUGAAGAGAUAUGUGCUAACGACGCACGGUGGCCAGGUGUCUGAAGUCUUAAUAAAAGGUGAUUUAUAUUAGUUUAUCUUAUCUAAUAUCAGGGAAAAUAACACAUCAUAGCUAUAGACUAAAAUUAUGAUAGAACUCUUUUAAUGUGACUUUUUUUUUUUCUUUUUUCCGUUGAUGCCUUUCAAACAAAACUAGUCCUGAUAUCUCCAUCAGCCCCCCUCUGACAGUAUCUUUGGGAUUCGUGCAUUAAGAAGAAUAAAAGGACAAGACCUGAACAUUUUACCGCUGUACAUUAUUCGUCAGACUGGUUUCAUUUUCAUACUUAUUUUGUAAAUAUCUAUGUUGUACGGAGCUUGAACUAAACUGUAAAUAUGUUUACUGUAUUUGUAAUAAUUAUAAUCCAUCCGCUGUAUAGCAUAGAUGUGUCAUGCAGAUAUCCUAACUCUGUGUAUGGUAAUCUUGCACAACUGAAUUGUUUAGUGAAUGAGGCAACAAUAAAAAAGAGAAAAUUGCAAACUGCA